AGUCCUAAGAAAACUCAGCUAUCAUUCCAAUUUCCAUUUCCUGCUUCAGCAACCUUAUUUUACUACAACAAUGGCCAUUCAUCGAAUGCUUAGACGGUCUUUAUCAACCGAAAAAAGAUCAAGUUCAACAGGAACUGAAGUUCCAAAGGGAUAUUUUGCUGUCUAUGUCGGGGAGAGCGAAAAGAAGCGCUUUGUUAUUCCAGUAUCGUACUUGAACCAGCCCCGGUUUCAAGAUUUGCUGUGUCAGGCUGAAGAAGAAUACGGGUUCCAGCAUCCAAUGGGUGGCUUAACCAUUCCUUGCAGUGAGGAAUUAUUCGUUGAUAUAACCUCUAGCUUGGGCAGAAGAUGAGAUGCAUAGCGUGUCUUAGAGGAACACAGUUUUGUAAAUUAGUUUCUCAGACAAACAUUCUUCUUUUUUUUCCCCCCUUGAUUUUCUCCUUCCCAACAUUGGAGGGUAUCUUUCAGGAAAAGAAAUGUAUACCAGGACAAAAUUGCAGUGCAUGAAUAUACUUGAAAAGUUACUGAUCCA